GCCACUACAAUCGACGCCGCAGCAUCGGAAAAAUCGACGCGCAACUCGUCCAGUUCCUGAAUCCUUGGGCAAUUUCGCCACCCCCUUCUUCUUGCCAGAACAGGACGAGUGAACGGCAGCAGGACAUUUUUCCGAGGAGUGCAGGACAGCGAAAUGGCGGACAAGAAACCGGCCGAAAGUCAGUUUUAUACGCGUCCACCGCAAUUGGGCAAAUGGGAAUCGUUAAGGGUGUUUUUGUGGAAUUCGGAAACGAAACAGUUUCUUGGCAGGACUGGAGGUAGUUGGGCAAAAAUCCUGUUCUUCUACUUGAUCUUCUAUGCCGUACUGACUGGAUUUUUCGUGGCGAUGCUGGUGGUCUUUUUCCAGACUUUAGAUUACAAAACGCCUAAAUGGCAAUUGGAUAGCUCACUUAUAGGAAGCAAUCCAGGUCUUGGAUUCAGGCCUAUGCCCCCAGAAAGUAACAUAGAAAGUACGUUGAUUUGGUACAAACAUUCCGACAAGGGAAACGUACAAUAUUGGCAAAGGGAACUCAACAAAUUUUUGAAUCAUUAUAAUAGAAGCAACAACGCCCAUGCGGACAAAUUGGAAGAUUGCAGGCAGUUCCAGUCGCCUUCUCCGAACAAAGUUUGCAACGUUAAAAUCGACCAAAUGUGGCAUCCUUGUGUCAAAGAUGCUGGCUACAAUUACGAAUCCGCAGAAGGAGGACCUUGUAUUUUCCUUAAACUGAACAGGAUUUUCAACUGGAUUCCAGAAUAUUUCAAUUCGUCUACAGUUGAUCAGGUACAAAUGAGCCCCGGCCUUAAAAAAGAGAUUCUUGAAGCAGAAAGCAAAAAUCAGCACCAAGUCGUAUGGGUGUCUUGUGAAGGCGAAAACGUAGCUGAUAUCGAGCAUAUCGGCCCAAUCCGGUAUAUUCCUCAAAAAGGGUUCCCGUCUCAGUUCUUCCCUUACAAAAACCAGGAAGGAUAUUUAAGUCCGCUUGUUGCUGUACAUUUUGAAAAACCAAAACGUGGUGUUCUAAUUAACAUCGAAUGCAAAGCCUGGGCAAGGAACAUUAUCCACGACAGAGUCGACAGGAGAGGUUCCGUCCAUUUCGAACUUAUGAUCGAUUAAAUUCUCACAAAAAUUUUAUCUAGCAAAAAAGGAGGCUCCAAAAUAACUGCCAACAACUAAUUUCUCUCUGACAAAAUACUCUGUGUUUAAUUUAUUUUUGCCAUAAUCUUACGAAUUCGUUUCGUAAAAUUGUGGUUCGUAAAUAGCAAUAUAAACUCAAAAAGUAGGUACUUAAAAAUAAUCGAAAUAAGUAUCAGAAUCUACAAAUUUGAAUAAUGCAAACUAGAAAUCGGUGUCUCAAAUAUUAUUUUGUUGUCGAAAGUAUGAAAAAAUUAAUCGUUAAAUUAUGCCUAAAGUUUAAACAAAACGCUGUUUUAGUGUUUUGAUGUAGCGUGUGGACCCCGUACUAAUUAAUAAAUAAAAUAUAUUUGGAAGCAUAUACUUUUUAGUUAUUUUGAUUUUUUUUUAAUGCCAUGCUAGUUUUAUUGUAAGAUAUACAUAGGUAUAAGCUAAGAGUUAAUUCCUCUGAUUGAGAAAUGAAAACAAUUGUAGAGAAAAAAAGAUAUUUGUUGGAGCAGUAGAGACUUUUUCUCUACAAUUUUCAAUCUGUGUCAUAAUAUAAUUAUCCAUGCAAACUUUUCACAAAAUUCGAUUAAUUUCUCAAACACAGGCAAAUGUUUUGAGCUAAAAAGAAAUCCUGACUUCAGUGUGCAUUAAAAACCAAAGAAAAUAUUAAAUUGUUAUAUUUGUAUUGUGUAAUAAUAAUUAUUAUUGUCAGAAUUUCAAAUUAUAAUAAAUAUUGUGUAUUUUAAAUAAAAUUGUUUGAGGCGUUGGUGGUUUACGUCAGUGUUGUGAUAAUGGCAGUUUUUUUUUUUUUUUUGUAAAUAACUAUACAUUUAUAAUGCCUAUUUAAAUUAGUUUACUUCAAAAAAAAAUCCUACCUACAUACUUUGAAUCAUAAUAAUUCUUGGUCCAAUGUGUUUUUUGAUAUUUAUUUAUUUAUUUGUUUGCAAUUUUACACCAAACCACUUAUAAUUAUUAGGUUUCACGUUAAGUCACUGUUACAAUAUUGCUAUGAAAAUUAAAAAAAAAAAAAAAACAACUAAGUACAUAAAAAAAAAAAUACUUAUUAAGAUUUUAAAAGUCUGCUUAUUUAAGCUCUUGUAAAUUGUUUAAAAUCUCACAAGAGUUUAAACUUAGAGCCGGAACUAAAACUACUAAAAAGUAAAAAACUUGGAAAAAAUAUAUAAAAAUAUUGUUAUUGAUAGAAGUAAACUUAAGUGUUAAUAGUACUUCAUAGAUUUUAGAUUAUUCUAGUAUUAAAAAAAAAAAAAACAACAACAAUAAUAAUAAAAACAAAAAAGCUGUUUUAGGACUGAUUAUUUAAUUUCAUGGGGUACAUUUUGCAUAUCAGAGUUUAACAUCAAUAAUUAAUAAGCAAUUAAAAGCGCACAAGAGCUCGAUUUGUUUUCCAAAUACCUUUAAUCGCGCUAAACGUAUUUGAAAAAUACAGAAAAAUCGGUUUGGUCCUUUAAAAUAAUUCUGGAAGUGGUUUUUUUCAAAAUUAAUCAAGUUGCAUUAUAUAAGUUGGUGUAUGAAAAGGACAAGACCGAAAACAGAAGUGCCCCUUUCUCACCAAAAUUGAGUCUCAAGGUGCAUUAUAAGCAAAUGCAAAAAAAAAAAAUAAUAACUUUUUUCUUAAUAUUUCACCCCGCAUUGCAUGCCUAUACAAAUCCCCCAUCAUCAAUUACUACUAUUUUUUUUUAGGAAAUCUCUAAUAAAAAUUUGUCGCUUUCUAUGUAAAAUACAAAAGGAAAACACACACAUUUCCUUAUAGGACGUGUAAAAUAAUAACUGGACAGAUAUUUGAGAUCAUUUUAAUAAAUAUUUUUCAAUACCUCUAUACUUUCUAGUUAUAAAAUAGCAUAAACAUUAAGUACACUUUUAACUUUUGAAUUUGAAUAACCUAAUAAUUAAGGCAACUUAUCUUUUUUUGAGACUCAGUCCAAUAAUAAUGGUGUAAAGGAUGUACAAUACCGUCAAAAGCCUUAAUUAAUAUUAUUUUUGAAACUCCAUCCAAAGGAGGACAAUAAUGAAUAAUUUUAAUGCAUAUAAUAUACAGGGUGACUCAUAUUUAUAGCCCUAAAUCUAAAAUUUGUUGUCAUAAUCCUUUUGUUUUUUUUUUUUGUUUCUUUGAGCAUCCUUUACGCCAAUUUCUAAGUAGAUUCAAGCUUUAGACGAUGUUAUUCUUAAUCAUGUUCAAGUGUUGGAUUAUUUUGAAUUAAAUUAAAUAAACGCAUCGUAGGUGAAAACAAAAUAUAAUAAAUACUUAAUAAAUAGGCUAUUAUUUUGAGAUGUAAUGAUAAUUUGAUGGUUUUAAUUCGUUUUCGUUACGACUUGCUUUAAUGUGUGAUUUUUUUUUUAAAUUAACAAUCUAGGUACCUACCUUAAAUAAAUAAAAAAAAUACUAUAGUGGUUC